GUGGCAUAAUAGGACAUGCCUGGACACAAGUGAGCAUUUGGAUAUUCAGACGAACUCUAAACAUUUACUACAAAAAUGAGCGGCAGAGGCAAAACCGGCGGCAAGGCCAGAGCUAAGGCCAAGACACGUUCAUCCAGGGCUGGACUUCAGUUCCCCGUGGGCCGUGUGCACAGGCUGUUACGCAAAGGCAAUUAUGCUCAGCGUGUCGGCGCUGGUGCACCGGUCUACUUGGCUGCUGUGCUCGAGUACCUGACCGCUGAGAUCCUGGAGUUGGCCGGCAACGCUGCCCGUGACAAUAAGAAGACCCGUAUCAUUCCCCGCCAUCUGCAGCUAGCUGUGCGUAACGACGAGGAGUUGAAUAAGCUGCUCGGCGGAGUGACCAUCGCUCAGGGUGGUGUGUUGCCUAACAUUCAGGCUGUUCUGCUGCCCAAGAAGACUGAGAAGUCCAAGUAAACCAUCUUCCUAA